AUGACAAGCCAAGCAUUGAGCAUUGAAGAUGCCAGAAAAGUUAUAAUAAGCUUGGAAAAGCAAUUGGAAGAGCUGGAGUGUACUAGUAACGAAUAUGAGGUUGAACUGGAAGGUGUCAUACAAAAGUUAGAAACACAAAUGCUCGAGAAAGACGAGCUUAUAGAGUCAUUGAAACGAGACAAGGCUCCUAAAAAUAUUCAGCGACAAAUCGCAAGUCUUGAGAUUCGGGCUGAUGAGCUUGAAAAUGAGAAUCGCUCACUGAGGUGCCAGCUGAGAGACUCACAGACGGAAAACGAUGCUCUGAUCGAACAGAAUGUUCUUCUUCAGCACGAAGUAAGCGAUCUCAACCAAAGACAACAGGAGGUAGCGGAAGCAGUUAGCAUGUCAAGUGCCUCGAGAAUACUGGAUACUUUAAAAAUUGAGAGCCCGACAAAACCGAAUAACGUACCGAGAACUCAAAAAAGAACUCAUCUUUCUAACGUUUUAAGAGUUAAUGCAAAUCAAUCAUCACUGCGACUGUCAUCGUUUAAGGAAGCCGCGGAUAACCACGCCACCCAUGUAAGUACGACGAGCGUGGUUUCAACCACAUCCUACAAAUGA